ACCGCACAGACAUUACAGGAACCGAACAGAAAUGAUUGAAGACCUCAGUCUGACCCUGACAUACCCCACAGAAACUGACACAGACACCUUCACCAUCUACGACAGGAAGGAAAAAGUCCUUAUGGAGAAAAAAGUGGAGCUGAAAGUCAGAGACUGUCAGGUAGAAGUGAAGGAGGGGGCGGAGUCUGUCCUGCUGCCCUUUCAAACCACAGCAAACCUGCCUAGAGACACUGAAGUGAUGUGGAAACGUCAUGAACCCGAAUACAUGAAGGUCCACGUGUAUGAGAACGGCUGUGACCAUCCUGACAAACAGGACAACCAUUACAAAGGUCGCACUAAGAUGAAGAAAGACCUGCUGACCACCGGAGACCUCAGUCUGACCCUGCAACACCCCACGGAGGGUGACAGUGGGAGAUACGGCUGUGAGGUCAACAACAAGGACGCCUGGAGAUACAAGAGGGUGUGGCUCACAGUCACAGGGAAUAAUCAGGCCAAGAAACAAACACAACAUCAGGAUCAGCUCCAAUGAUCAAUCAGUUUGAUGUGUUUGUUUGGUUAUUAAUCUGAUUUCAGUGAAGGACAUCAUGAAUAGACAGUGGAUGAAGGGUUGAAGAUGCUGUCAGCUGAUACUUUGUUUGUACUUUGUUCGGCUGUAUUAUUCUCAGUGAGG